CAUUGUAAGUUGCUUUGGAGAAAACUGUCAGCUAAAUGAAUACAGGUAAAUGUUACUGAACAAAGUUCUGUUUCAGUGUCAGAGAGGAGCAGUAAUGAAGAACCGAUUAUAAUGCUGUCAAAGACCUAGCUAGGGAUGAGCCCCGUGCUUCUGGGAUGGACACUGGACCGCUGUGACCCUGGCAUGGACAAGUGCGUAAGAAUAGUGACUGAGUGAUUAUUAGUGCGUUAAUUAGAAGUGGGAAGUGUAGAGCAUGAGCAGGAGAGAUGUGCGUGUGUGUGUGUGUGUGUGUGAGGGAAACACUUCUUCGCAAGGCUUAAAAAGAGCUGGAUUAGAGAGGGAGUGAAAGCAGAGAAGUGUAGAACAGAUCAUGUUACAUUGAUGAAGAAGGUUUAUAAUAGAGCUGUCAGGUUGGCUACUGUUGUGGCGCACACACACGCACGCAUGCACGCACACACACGCUUGUUUUAACAACGAGACCCGCUGCAGGAGAGUGUAUUUGUGUGACAGCUACAUUUAUCUCACAUUGUCUUUUGUUUUUGCCUUUUACCCAUCUAGAGGAUGCCGCGGCAAGUCGGGUGCGAACCGCGGUCAGGGGUUCAAGAGCACGGUACUUCCGACGAUGUGAGCGUGGUGAUUAGAAAAAGUGUCAUAUAGGUCUCGAAUCCAGAAUGUCUGGUUAGGAGUCUAGUGUCGUGUCCAUGACGUCACAGGGAAUUUUAAAUAUGAUCAGUAAUUGAUGGAUCUUCAAUAUCAGUUCGCUGCUGAUUACGGGAAAGGCUGUGUUUUACUAUAUCAGUGAGGUAAGCUGUGAGUUUUGAUAUGUCCUUUUUCUCUGUGUCCAUAAUAAUAUUUCUGUGCUCUUGCAAUACACGUCUCCCCCAGCCCCUCAAGCUAAACUAGAUAAUGGCAGGAAAGCCAAUAGAAGAACCCCCUCCGAGGCCCUUCUCCCCGCCCUGCCACUUGUGUGUCUAUUCUCCUGUCACUCUGUAGGGUGAAGGACAGUAAAGCACAGUUAUUUACACCUGCUGCUGUCAGUCACCCAGGCUUCCACUCCACUUGCUCAGAGUUUCCAUUCGCUGCCUGCUUGGUGUCACCUCUCGGUACAGGACACUUCGCAUCUUCCCAUUGUCUUUCGUACACGAGCUUUUCUUGGUCGUCAGUUAAGUAAUAAAUCAUUAAUAAAGAGUUUUUUUUUGGUGCUUCUUUUUUAAAAAGAAGACGGAAUACCAUUGUCAGUGUUUAGGAGCUGGGCGGGAAAGGUCAAGACCUCUUGGACUGCAUCACUGUCCUCGAAAUAUUUGUGAUCAGUAGGGUUCAGGCUUGUGGACUCGCCGUGGUCACCUGGGGAUGAACGUAUUUUUGCAGGAAGAUUCAAGGGCUUUUUUUUUUUUGUCUUUCCUCACUUCAAAUGAUAGCCGGUGAGCAGAUACUGGUCAUGCGUGUCUUCUGUGGUUCUGCUGGAGUCCAUCAGCACUGGUGAAUUUGUGUUUUUGCCUCUUUUCUUCUUGGGGGAGGUGUUCAACCGUCACAUUUCUGUUCUGUGUUCUGCAACGUGGUCCAGAAUGGGCUUUACGUUUAAAACCUGGUCAUUAGCGGUCAUCAUUGCUCUUCUGUACUCAUCCCACACGCCUGUGGCCUCGGGUGUCACGACUCCAGAUGAUGCUUACAGCAGCCAGGAAGAUUACUAUGGUUACGAAGUGGAACGUGGGCAUAAUGAUGAUGGUACUGAUGAUGGAGAGCAAGGAGCUGAUGAUGAUGAUGGCAAUACUGAUGAUGAUAGUAACAAUGAAGGUGAUCAUUGUGAAGAUGAUGAUGCUGCAAAAAUGGAUAUAAAUCAGGAUGAUGACGACGACGAUGAGGAAGAGGGCGUUACUGACAAUGGGUUUCAUUAUGUAGAAGGAACUGAAAGUAUGGAUGAGGAGGCAGGGGAGGAUGCUUAUCGGAGAGAUGGCAAACGGUACAAGAGUACCGGUGACAGUGACAGAAGUGAGAAUGACGAUUAUCAUUAUGAUGAUGACGAUGGUGAUCAUGAUGAUUCUGAGCACAGCACAGAAGUCCAUAAUGAGAGCAACAAACCUGGACAGGAUGACUAUGAUAGUGACCUCAAUAAUGAUGAACUGCAUGACCAUAACUUGAAUAAACAUGAAAGCGAUAACAGUGUUGAUGAGUUCAGUGAUGGAGAAGAUGACGAUAUUCUCAACGGUGAUGAGUUGGAUGAUGACAUCGAGCAUAAUGAUGAUAGUGAAAGUGAUGACAGUGAUAAAACUGAUGACAGACAAGAUGACGAGGACAACGAUGCUCUUUUGAAUGACUCUACAGAAGAUGAUCAUUCUGAAAGCAGUAAUCGUGAUAAACAUGAUUUCAGAGUAAGGGAUGACACUCAUGAUGGUGGUGAUGAAGGCAUUAAAAAUGGUGACAGUGAUGAACUCAGUAGUGAAGAGGAUGGGGAUCACACUGAUGAUGAUGAUGAUGAUGAUGGCGAAAGUGAUGAUGAUGACUCAGAUGAGAGCACAGAGGAUGAUGGAGAUGAUGGAGAUAAUGAAAGCAAUGACACUGACAGCAAAGAGGAUGGUGAACCUGAAGACGAUGGGAACCAAAGUGAUGUCAAAGACAGCACUGAAGAGCAGCUCGGUGUUCAAAAUGAAGAAAACGAUUUUCACCCACAAUAUCACAAAGGAUCCUUUUGCAGCUUCUGCUCAUUCUGCAAGCACUGUGACAUCUGCAAGAAAUGCCCCUGUGGAAACGGAGACGAGUCAGAGCACUGCGGACGCUGCAAAUUGUGCACCUUCUGCCAAAUUUGUCCUGUAAUAUGCGAGACAGUUUGCAAACCAGGAGGCUUCGUGGAUGAAGUGAGCGGAUCGCUGUACCGGACAAUGGCUAAUGUCUUGGAGCUGCCUGGACACUAAACUUCGCUCGUCAUCAUGGAGCCGCAGCCCCAGGGACGUCCUUAAACGACUUAAUUUCUUGUUCAUUGUUUUCUCCAUAUUCAUGUAAAAGUACAGUUGGGGGGAUGUUGAUAUUCAUAUUCAGUAGAAUGUUUGAAUGUGUUACUCACACCUAGUAUCCAUUACUGAACAACAGAGCAUAGAGGAUUUUGAAAUGUAUGUUAUAUACAUUGGCACAUAGACAAAAAUGUUGCUGCUUACAAAGACAUUACAUGCAUUUUAAUACAUGUAAUACUUGAGACAUUUAACUACAAUUUGUGUUAAAUAGGUCAGAAUAAAAGAACUGAAAUACAAGACAACCUGGUCUGUAAACUAGCUGACACCAAAAAUGCUGAACUUGUAUCGCCUUCUGUCAAAAGCAUGAGAAUUUUCCCUAAUUCCAUAAACUCUGUAACCCUCAGCAAGACUUUUACAGUGAAAAUCCAUGUUACUGCGAGUUUGAGUGGGAAACUUGUUUAUUGUAACUAGUUGCAUUAUGGGAAAUGUGAAUGAAGUGUGCAACCACUGGCGGGACUUGGGGGACAAAAUAAUGCAGUGACUGUUUCCCAGGGAGAAAGGAGUCUAGGGGGGCUAAGCAGGCUGGGAUGGCUGGCUUGAGACGCAGGUUCUAAUAAAACGAUUGUCAUGAACACUGCCCGUGUAUCCUUCUUCACCCCCUCCAAAUCCAGAGCGCUGUGCACCACAAUAUUACCAUGAGACAGAUUGUGAUUUAUUAGACAUGUUUUUGAACAUCACCAGUUCCUGCAGAAAUGUGAAAAAUCUUAGCCAGAGCUUCCUUUACUGAUGACGACAUAUAGUGGGACAGUGGUUACAGCUGCUGCCGUUGUGGUGGAACGACCUCUCCCUCUCUCU